UUUUUUUUCUCCGAGGUCCCUCUCUCGCCAGAGAUUACCGAGAAUUUAUUCAGCUGCCAUGGAUCUCUCGGCCCCCAGCAAGUACGUGACGCUCGUGUCCGGAGACGGCUUCGAGUUUGUCGUGCUGCGUGAGGCUGCCAUGGUGAGCCCGAUCAUCAAGGGCAUGCUGGACCCGAGGAGUCAAUUCGUCGAGGCGAAAGACGCGAGAUGUGUAUUCCAAGAGAUGAGCGGAAUGGUCCUUGACAAAGUGGUCGAGUACUUCCACUACUGGUAUCGCUACAGGAACAGCGAAGACGUGCCCGACAUGGACAUUCCUGUAGAGCUUUGCCUUGAGCUGUUAGCCGCAGCCGAUUACCUGGGCUUGGAUCAGGCCAACAUGAGCACGAAAUGAUACCGCACUCACUACCUGGGUGUUUCUAUCCAGAAAGAUUAUGAUACGAAGACAUGAUACCAC